UGUCCAAUGAUGUAUAUUUAAAUCGUUGGUUGUGUCUCGCACUGCUGUCAAUACCACACCACCCAACAUAUUAAUGCAAUGCAAUGGGAAUAUAACGAUCAUGGCUAAGAAACAAAUAUUGUUAACGCUUUUCGUCCUGGGCUUAUUCAGAAGUUAUGAUGCUUUGUGGUGUAACUGCACCACGGCCCAGUGUCAGAAGACUGGCUCCCAGUGUGAGACGGAUGGGGCCUGCAUGGCCUCCACGUCCUUCAUCGACGGCCAAGAGCAGCACAUUCGUAUCUGCAUCACCCGGGACAAGCUGGUACCCCCGGGCCAGCCCUUCUACUGCCUGAGUGCUGAGGGCCUCCUCAACACACACUGCUGCUACACUAACUACUGCAACAGCCUCAACCUCAAAGUUCCCUCUGUGACUUUGCGGCCGGGCCUGGGGGGCGGCUUUGGUCCUGAUGGUACAUGGGGUCCAGUGGAGCUGGUGGCAGUGGUCGCAGGGCCCGUCUGCCUGCUGUGUGUGCUGCUAAUCAUGGCUGUGUUCCUGUUCCAGUACCACCAGAGGGCCUACAGCCACAGGCAGAGGCUGGAGGUGGAGGACCCCUCCUGUGACCACCUCUACAUGGCCAAGGACAAGACCCUGCAGGACCUCAUCUAUGACAUGUCCACCUCUGGAUCAGGAUCUGGCCUCCCUCUGUUUGUCCAGCGGACGGUAGCCAGGACCAUCGUGCUGCAGGAGAUCAUAGGGAAGGGGCGUUUCGGAGAGGUAUGGCGCGGCCGCUGGAGAGGAGGAGACGUGGCUGUGAAGAUCUUCUCAUCCAGAGAGGAGCGCUCCUGGUUCCGGGAGGCUGAGAUCUACCAGACCGUCAUGCUGCGCCACGAGAACAUCCUGGGAUUCAUCGCCGCAGACAACAAAGAUAAUGGCACAUGGACCCAGCUGUGGCUGGUGUCAGACUACCACGAGUACGGCUCUCUGUUUGACUACCUGAACCGCUACUCUGUGACCAUCGAGGGCAUGAUCAAACUGGCACUGUCGGCUGCCAGCGGCCUGGCACACCUGCACAUGGAGAUCCUGGGCACGCAGGGUAAGCCUGGUAUUGCCCACCGGGACCUCAAGUCUAAGAACAUCCUGGUGAAGAAGAACAGUACAUGUGCCAUCGCUGACCUUGGGCUGGCAGUGCGCCACGAGUCCACCACCGACACCAUAGACAUCGCUCCCAACCAGAGAGUGGGCACCAAGAGGUACAUGGCCCCUGAGGUUCUGGAUGAGAGCAUCAACAUGAGGCAUUUUGAUUCGUUUAAGUGUGCAGACAUCUACGCUCUGGGCCUGGUGUACUGGGAGAUCACACGCCGCUGCAACGCUGGAGGUAUCCAUGAGGAGUACCAGCUGCCCUACUAUGAUCUGGUGCCCUCUGACCCCUCCAUAGAGGAGAUGAGGAAGGUGGUUUGUGACCAGAAACUACGGCCCAACGUGCCCAACUGGUGGCAGAGCUACGAGGCCCUGCGUGUAAUGGGGAAGAUCAUGAGGGAGUGUUGGUACGCCAAUGGAGCCGCCCGCCUCACCGCCCUGCGCAUCAAGAAGACCCUGUCCCAGCUGAGUGUCCAGGAGGACAUCAAAGUCUGAGAGGGUUCUGUCCCAAAGACCUGAGGAGAGCGCUAGGGACUCUGUCCAGCACUAAAGUAUACUGGGAGAGAAAGAGCGGGGGACAGUGUCUUUUCCAAUGAACACACAAGUUAACAAAAGAAAAGAAUGAAAUGACAAAAGCAAAAUGUAAAAAGAACAUGAUAUAAAAACUUUCCUGCCAGUCUUUUUAAAGCCACCACUGUUUGAGUUGUGACCAGCCCUACCUCGCCUAUUCAGCCAAAACUACUGACAACCCCUGUCCUUCCCUGUCCCCAACCUACCCCACCCUUCUGUCCCUGCAGCCCCCCUUCCCCGUUCUGUUCCUACUAAAAUGGCUGCCAACAAUUACUGCUACUACUGCCCCUGACAAUGCCCAUGUUAAUCUCAAUGGCAGGAUAUAUACUGUAUACAACUGUGUAUUUAUUAACAGAAUGUGUAAUUUAAUUCUAAACCAUUUUUUUUCUUAGUAACUUUCCCCAAGACUUAUCAAAGGACCCUAAUGGUUUUACCCUAUACAUUAAUUUAUUUUUGUUCUGUUUAUCUUUAUACUGUAUUCAUGCCAUGUUGACUCGAUGUUGGGAGAGGUCUGACUGCUUUCGGUGUUUUCUUUGUCAGGGAGUAUAUAAGGGGAAGGUACAGUCUUUCUAUGAAUUCUGUGUAGGGGUCAUUCCACCAAUACAGUGCCUUUUGAGAUAUCAAACUUGGUGGGGAAAAAACAUUUGAUUUCACCUCAUUUUUACAUUCUGUCAUAAAGAGCACAUGUUCAACAUAAUAAAAAAACAUGUUUUCCCAUCUCGAGGUUAAAUCAAAUUUAAAAAGACUAUAGUAUGUGCCUAAUUAAGUAAAGUAUAUAGGUUGACUAACA